UGCCCCGGAAGCGGAAGUGUGCAAACUGGGAGGUGAGAGGGCAGGGAGGGCAAGUGCCGCUAGCGGGCAGGGUUUUCGCCUCCUCCUUUGCCGGCCAUGGCGCGGAUCUCCCGCACGCUGCUCAUCUUCGGAGGGUUCGCGGCUGUGGUGGGGGCGGCGUUUUACCCCAUCUACUUCCGGCCGCUGCUGCAGGUGGAGCAAUACAGGAAGGACCAGGCAACAAAUCGAUCUGGUAUUGUUCAAGAGGAUGUUCAGCCUCCAGAGUUUGCCGAUACUUUUGAGUGGCCUUCAAAGGAGGGUUACAGCAGGAAUGAACCUGGCAACUGCUACAAGUCAAUUGAUCAGACUAUACAAAUAGACAAGAAGACUUUGACCCAUUGUGACAUCAUGCAGAUAAUUUCACUGAUGUCAGUGGAACUAUUCAAGUUGCAGGGCAGCAUCAGCUGCUCUAGAGGCCCUACACCAGGUCAGGCUCGGUAAUGCAACCUGCCACCAGAGGGCGAGCGGAAAGAGAAGAGGCUACAGGAAGACGUGGUUCUCACACCGGCUCCACCAGAGAAGUAUUUUUUAAAAGUAAAAACAGGAUGGCCAGGGGCUUGCCCAAGCUCCCUCACAACCUUUUAGGGCUCGCUCCAACCAUCCUCCGCACACCUCUUGGGGCUGACUGACCCACCCUCUGCUGCCUGCAUCUAGGGCUAAGUCCCCGCCCUGAGCUCUCCACUGCCCAUGCUGGGGUCUUCCCCCCCACUAGCCCUGUACCGUCAACCGCUGGGGCUGACCCCCACCCCGAGCUCCAUGCCACCCGCAGCUGGGGAUGGGUCUGACCCCAUCCCCACCCUGAUUUCGGGAACUGAUAUGCACACCCCGAGCCCCGUGCCUGCUGAGCUCUGUGCUGCAUGAAGUUGGGGAUGAGCCCCUUCCCAUCUCGUGCCGCCUGCAGCUAAGGCUGAACCCCCCCUGAGCUCUGCCCCUCCCCUGGCUGAGGCUGAUACCUUCCCGCCAGCUCUGUGCUGCCCAGAGGUCAACGCUGAAGCCAGCACUCCUCUAAAGUACACAUACAAAAUAGUAUACAAAAGGCUAACCCAGCAGCAGCAGGCGAAAAAAAGCCUCCGGCACAUAUCAGUCUUCUACUGAAAGUUAAUCCUGAGGUAAAAUCUUUCCAUAUCCUUGGCAAGGACUCUUUUGAACAGGACACGAAUAUAUUGAUCAUAUAGAAGAAUGUAUUGAAUUAUUGCAGACAUGGAUUCAGUUCUACGGUGCUUUCAUGACCUGGAGUGAUUAAAUAUCAGAAAAAGAUAAUGGAGCAAAGCAGCAACAGUUCAGGUCUUUUGAAUGGGAAGUUUCUUUAAAAUACUUCCAGAUUGUUCUUUGGCUAAAAAGACUGUUGUUUGUAGCUAUUGUAAGGCUGAGUUCCAAUACCAUAGGAGCACUUCAAGUCUGCAGUACCACCUAUGUUCUAAGCAUGCUUUUGUGUCCAGAUAACCCACCACCAGCAAAUGAAUCCAGCCAGCUGCGACAGAGUACCAUUACAGACUUUCAGGAUUGCUACAGGCCCCUGGAUCAAAGAAAGGACAACACCUUAACCAAUGCUAUUGCAAAGUGGAUAGCUAUGGACUCAAUGUUGUAAACGACAGAGGGCUAAGAAAUAUAUUCAAAUUGCAUCUUCCAAUCAAUCAUACACCUUUCCCUCCUAAGGAACCAUUGCAUCAUGAAUAAAUGACCUAUAUGACAAUGAGAAGACUACAAAGUUGGAGCAUCUGAAAAAUGCACUGGCUGUUGCUUUGACUGAUGGUCACUGGACAUCCUUGAACAAUCAUAGCUAUCUUGGUGUCACGGCACACCUUAUUGAUGCUUGCAGUUGUUUGCUGUAACAGUAACUCAUACUGAAGAGAGACAUUAUGCUGAAGCAUGUGCAGAACGUUUCAUGGAUGUUGCAAAAGAAUGGAAUAUUCAAGAAAAGGUGACAACGAUUAGUACUGACAGUGAACUUAACAUGGUAGCAGCAGCCAGUUGCUUGCCUUUUGAACACAUGAUGUACAUUGCUCACAGUCUGCAGCAAUCCAUUACAGGAGUGCUCAGUGAUGGUGGUUUAGAAAACAUGCUGGCAAAAUGUAGAAAACUUGUGGGCCAUUUCAAACACAGUCCAGCUAACAAUACAGAACUAGGAAUACAACAAACUGCAAAUGGACAGAAACAAAAACCUCUUGUACAAGAUAUUUCAAUGUGGAACUCCACAUUGGCUAUGAUUCAGCACCUUCUUUGCAAUAAAGCUGCUAUUACAUCCACAUUAGCUCUUCAAAAGCACCAUCUAUCAGUGCUGACAGACAAGGAUUUUGAAAAACUUCAAAAGCUAGAAACACUAUUUGAGCCCUGCAGAUUUGUGACUGAACUCCGAGGGCAGGGGAGGGAGGGGGAUUGGUAUGUCUCCUGGUCCGUGGUUUUACCCACAUUCUGCCACAUAUUCCACGUUAUGGCAGUCUCUGAUGAUGACGCAGCAUAUGUUGUUCGAUUUAAGAAUACUUUCACGAGAGAUUUUACAAAAUGCAAAGAACGUACCAAUCUGAGAUUUCUAAAAAUAGCUACAGCACUAAGAUUUAAGACUCUAAAGUGCCCAUCAAAAUCUAAGAAGGGUGAGGUGUGGCGCAUGCUGUCAGAAGUCUUAAAAGAACAACACUCUGAUGCGAAAACUACAGAACCUAAACCACCAAAAAAGGAAAUCAACCUUUUACUGGUGGCAUCUGACUCGGAUCAGAUGAUGAAAGUGAACAUGCAUCAGCCCCCGCUACUUUGGAUCAUUAUUGAGCAGAAUCCAUCAUCAGCAUGAAUAUAUGUCCUUUGCAAUGGUGGUCGAAGCAUGAAGGGGCAUAUGAAUAUUUAGCAUAUCUGGCAAGUAAAUAUCUUGCUACGCUGGCUACAACAGUGACAUGCCAACACCUAUUUUCACUUUCAGGUGACAUUGUAAACAAGAAGUGGGGUGCAUUAUCUACCACAAAUGUAAAUAAGCUUGUUUGAGUGAUUGGCUGAAAAAGAGGUAGGACUGAGUGGACUUGUAGGCUCUAAAGUUUGACGUUUUAUUGUUAAGUGCAGUUAUUUUUUUUACAUAAUUCUAUAUUUGUAUGUUCAACUUUCAUGAUAAAGAGAUUGCGCUACAGUACUUCAAUGAGGUGAAUUGACGUUUCUUUUUUGUAGUGCAAAUAUUUGUAAUAAGUAAACAUAAAGUGAGCACUGUAGAUUUUGUAUUCUGUUGUAAUUGAAAUAAAAAUAUCUGAAAAUGUAGAAAAUAUCCAAAUAUUUAAAUAAAUGGCAUUCUAUUAUUGUUUAA